AUGUCCUACGGGAAAUCUCUGGCAUUGAGCCAGAAUAACUUCGUCCAGCCUCCAGAGGAACAUGAAGUGGACGAGACCUUCGAUACCGGAAUAUCGCGACAAAAGAGACAAGCCACGGUCUAUGAUGCUGUCGCUGGCCGUCUGAAUUCCCACGGCUUCCUCUCCACAGUCCCUUACUCCUCCACAUACCGGGAUACAACAUCCUCCAGCGCAAACCCAGUUCGACCCGAAGAAGUGCUCUUCCGCCGACUAAAUGCGCCCACCCGCUACGAGGAAACAGACUUUUACUUCGCGCACGAGAACCUCCCGUCUACUUGCCCGCUCCCCAGCUCCGAACUGUUGGAGUCGAUCCAUGCCUAUACAGCCGACUUCUACGACCAUGCCACGAUUGAUCGUGGACAAGAUGAUUACCAGAGCAUGGAUGAGACGGCUCUGAUUGCAAUGGGGAUUCUUCUUGAGGAGAUGGCGAAGGAGUCAUUGGGUGAAACUGGUGACUUGGUAUUGGUUGAAGGAGAGGAGAUCUCGGGUGGUGAGCGCCUGCCGUCUAUGAGACAUAGAAGGCGGAUGAGUCGGAAACGAGAAAGUAGUACGCUGGUCAGCUCGGGGGAUGAUCUGGAAAACGUGGUCAAGAGGAGGCGGACUAAGAGGCCGCGUCUCAUGUCUGACAUGGAUACGGAGCCGGAUGAGAAACCACGGGUAGAGAUUAAUGAAUGA